CAAUUAUUAUCAUUAUUUGUGUCCUUUUGUCGAUCACUUUCCAAUAUUUUUGUAAUGACUUGAAUAUAUUUUGGCGGGAAUAGUCUUCUAUUGAUCAGACAAACUCUUACUAAUGAUACCAAUGGACACAUACAAGUAGGAAAGACUGUCGAAUUUCUUGAUAAUCUGCAACUGACUACAUAAUGUUCAAGUCAAUGUGGGAUAUCGCUUACUAUGAAUAGUAGAUAUGAUGGAAUCAUACGUUGGUUUGAAUGUUGGCGGGAAAGUUUAUCAAACCUCCCAAACAACUCUUACCCGUGACCCCAACAGUUUCUUCGCUUUACUUCUUGACGGUCGCGUACCGUCUGCCAAAGAUGACCAAGGACGAUACAUAAUUGAUCGUGACGGGGAACUCUUUCGGCAUGUCCUUAAUUACUUAAGACUGCAGAAGCUAGUGUUACCAGAUGGAUACAACGAGCAAGAGCUUCUGCUACAUGAGGCGGACUUCUUCCAGCUAGACUCUAUGAAGAGAGAGUUACAAGCUCUGAUUAGAGAUGUGGAUAAUGUUCACUCGCCCUCGGAAGUGAUCAGAUUGAGUGUAGGUGGGAAAUUUUUUCAGACCACUCGCGAAACUUUACACAGGGAACCUCAGUCGUUUUUCACCGCAAUGCUCGAUGGGGAGACUCAAAGAGAAGCACCAGGGACAUACAUAAUCGACAGGGACGGAGAAAAAUUCCGCGACGUUCUGGAAUACCUAAGACUCGGCUGGAUACUACUAGACGACGUCAAGCACAGCCUUGAAGUUCUCCGAAUCGAGGCUAACUUCUUCAAUCUGAAAAUCCUGAAAGAGCACAUCAAAAGCUUGCAUCGCCUUCAAUCAAAUCCCCUGAGGACAGUUCAACCUUCAAUGGAUCUUUACUACUUUCUUGAGAGCAGGUUCUGCGUCGUCUAUACCAAUACCAAAGACCUGGUGGGGAAAACGUGCUUUUUGCCUCUGACUCCUGACAGUUUUUAUAGUACAUGUGGACGGGUAUUCGCUGUCUCUUUCUUCCUUGAGAGAAGCAAAGGGGGAACCUCGACCGGUGAGAGUCAUACCAUACCAGGGUACGGAAAGAGUGUCGUCAGUUACCCUUCAAACAAAGAAGAACUAAUGAUGUACAUUGGACACAGAACACAGAUAUGGGAUUAUUCAAAGACACAGUUGAAUGCUGAUUACACACGCUGCUCAGCAACAAACAUGGAUGAAGGACAAGAUAAUUAUGUUGGUUUAAACGUCGGCGGAAAGAUCUUCAAGACAUCCCGUACCACACUGUUAGCUAAACCAGAAAGCUUCUUUUCUGGUUUACUGGGUGGCUCCAUUUCUUCGGCUAGAGACGACCAGGGGAAUUAUCUCAUUGACCAAGACGGUAAGGUAUUCCGUCAUGUCCUCAACUUCAUGAGAUACAAUGAACUAGUACUACCAGAGGGUUUCAAAGAGUACGGGGUCCUUAACCGCCAGGCAGACUUUUUCCAACUUGAGUCACUGUAUUUUUCAAUUAAACGACUAAUGGAAGUUGGUGGAACGGAGGCCGUGGAAUUAGAGUGUGCUGGUAAAAAGGUAUUCCACACGACACGAGAAAUCUUAAUGAGAGAAAGGAAUACAUACUUUACCUGGAUGCUGAGUAAGGAAAGUACCGUUGAAAGUUAUCAACGGGGAAACUAUUUUCUGCGCGAUAUCUCAAACAAUGAACUGCUCCAACAUGCCCUGAGCUAUCUGACUCAUGGUGGUAUUCUUGACCCAGUCAUUGAUCGGGAUAUACUUUCAUAUUUGGAUUCAAACAAUGAAAGAAUACGUAAUCCUUUUAAGUUAAAUGGUUUCGACAAUCAUUGUGAUUUAAUAAGGAAUGCACCACCCAAUAAUUUGAGGGAUCAGGGACCUACUCGAUUGCACUUCUACUACAAUCUAAAUACCCCAUGUUUUGCCUACAUCCUACGUCCAGAGCGAAUGGAUGCCACUUGCUCUUCUAGUACUGUCAGCAUGUUAAGGGAUAGACUAUUUCUGAAGAGGACCAGAAUCGUAGGAAACAUCGAUGCAGGAGUGGUGAACAUGGAUUACAUUAACAGCAAACUGCCUGCUAGCUUAUAUGAUGUGAUGGCCUAUUUCAAAGCGGAUGAGAGAGCAGAAAUUAAAACUUAUAUAAUUAGUCCCACUUGCAUCAGAUUAAAUGUCAUAUAUAAAUCUAUGUAUGGUUAUAACUGAAAGUGAUGAUUAUGAUUUUAUUUGGGUGACUUUGGGCUUUCAUUUACUAAUUGGCUCAAAUCGUCUAACCAUAAACAUUCACCUCCAAGUAAUGGAAAAUUGAAGAAAAAAGAGAAAAUACGAAGUGAAAAGGAAAGAAUGAAAAGCGUCGUAAAAGAUAUAUUAGUCAUGUAAUUUUUUUAUGUUACCACUGUAAUAAGAAUAUGAAAAAUAGUUAGCAUUGCAUCCCCCCCCCCGUACUCUGAAUUAAACUGUGGUUUAACUUAAAUUAAACUGUGGUUUAACUUAAAUUAAACUGUGGUUUAACUUAAAUUAAACUGUGGUUUAACUUAAAUUAAACUGUGGUUUAACUAUGGAUGGCCAAUCGUGGCACAAAUCUCUACUAGUACAUGUUCAAUUUAUUAAAUCAUUUAACACUCGAUCAUUCAUGACCGUCUGGAAAUGACAACUGAUAUAUUCUUCUUCAUCUUGAAAGCAAAGGGAAACUAAAUGGCAAGUAAGAAAUAUACGAAAUGAACACAUUUUUUUGAAUUUCUUGGCUUCCCAUGAGUUAAGCAAAGAGUUAGACUGAAGUUUAGAAUACGGACCAAUGGAAGCGUGUUUGUUUUUUAAUAAGUCGUUUUGUUAAUGCGAUUUGCGCAAGAGCAAAUGGAGGUCGGCCAUUGGUCGUAAGUGCUUUUUAAAUCACUGAGAUAAGCAUGAUUAUAAUUAUUGUUUGCUCAUUGAAAGAGUAAUAUCAACGUGUUCAGUAAUGAUUAGUAAUUCGCAUAAUUUCAAAUUACAGUAUUUAGUUCAAAUCGGACAAUUUAAUAGAAUUUGCUUUUCCAAUUAGUAAAUUAACGAAAUCUUCAACUUGUGCUAUUUGGUUUAUGCAGUUAUGACGUUAUUAGAGUUUAAUAUUGAAUUUACCAGAGUUGAAUAUCGCAAAUUGGUAUACCAGGCAAACUUAUAUAAUAUCUUCUUUUGAAAAAUAAUUAAUUGAAUAUCUAAUUGAAGAAACGAUAUGUCAUUUGCGAAAAGUUGAUCUAGAGCUUAUUAGGAAACGACAUAUUUCUCUCACGCUCGUUGUUCUCACAACAUCACAUUUUUACAAUAUUUUUUUCAUAAAGAAAAUGGAUUAGUUUUUAAACUAUAGUCAGUGAUUAACUGAUAAAGGCAGUAAAGAGAAUAUUUUCAAAACGUUGAUGUUGCUGUUCACAAUAAAAAUACCAAAUAUAUAGUAAUGGGUAUACAUCUUCAAUUAUUUAUUUGCUUAUAAAUUUAGGCGCGUUGGACUAAGGCUAGGUUAUGUCGAACUUUAGACUGGGUAUUCCCAAUCAGGAAGUUUUCAUAUGUGAAGAGAAAUCGAUUUGAUAAUAGAGCCGCAUUCUACAAAUACUUUUAAAGGUACCUAUUAUUUACAAAAGAAAUGUAUAUGAGAUGCUUUGGUCAUAUCAGAAUAAAUGGUAGACCUACCGUAUAGCUAUAGUUAUCUAAAGUUAUUUAAAACAUUUACAUAAUUCAAUUCAAUUCAAUUCAUUUUAUUUCCACAAUUCAAUAAAAAAUUACAUCAAAAUUGCACAAAGUGAUUCAAAGAACAAUGAAUAAUACAAUUCAUAGACUUACUUGGUACAAAAACAAAAGGAUAAACAAAGUACGGAACAUUAACAGAAUAUUAAAAAGUGGAGGGACAAACAACAUAACAUUUAUACAAUAUUACAUUCCGCAUACAUUGUUAUGUAUGAUGUUAAGUCGUAAAUGUUUGAAAAAAUGUUAAUUUUUCAUGUUUUAGCAAAAUAUUCCUUGAGGGGGAAAAAGAAACAUAAAAAUCCAUUCAAAACAUUUGAAUAAGCCUACAUUAAAAAAUAUACAUUGUUAAAUUCAAUUAUCACAACCAUAUAUACUGACAUUCAUAUUAUUUAUACUAUUCUCGCCCUCAGAGCUUUUACGUGCAUAGGACGUACCACCUUUUCAUGAUUUCGAAUAGACACAUUCAGUCGCCCUCAAUAUAUACUUAUUACUACAAAAGUAUCUUCUACAAUCCCAUGUGUAUGUUAACGCUCCGCUCGAGCGACUAUCAUAACCAUAAUAUUUGUAUUUGAUGUGGCUUUGAAUCAUUUCUCUUCAUUGCGUACGAAUUAUUUUUAUCUAUUAUUUUACUGGAUACUUAUGUUUUGUUAAUAUAUACUGUGCUUUUUAAUGGGUUACUCAUAUUUCACAUUAUUGCACUUCUUUGUCUUAUAGUAAUUGCUAAUUUGGUUAUCAUUAUAUAUAUAUAUAUAUUCAAGACGACUACUAUGUAUAUUUUAGAAUGUGAGUUAAAUCAAAUGAAAUAAAAAACUAUAAUACUUUUAUAUUCUUUAUUCUAACUGGAUUGGUAUGUCUAGUAAAAUCCUAUUUAGGCCUCCAUUAUUACAAUGCAGCGUACAACUUAACAAAUUGCAUUCUACGUUCAAUCAUAUUUUCUUCGUAAUCUUUACGAUAAUUUAAUUAGAUAUAAACCCCUCAAAAAAGUUUGGAAAUCAAAGUCUGGCCAUUAUUUUCUCCGAACUCCAAAUUUUACACAAUACAUAUUUGACACCAUUCAAAAGAUCAUUUAAUUCUCUUUAAAAAUGAUACCAUGCUUGUUAUGAUCAUGGCAUCAUAAAACGAGCAAGAUUCAAAAGUGUUGGAUGAUGUUUGAAUUGAAAAGCUGCAAAACGAGCACAAAUAGUCAUGAAGGGUCUAUACGGAACAUGAUUCUUUUGUCUGUGUCAAUAGAGAUGAAAUCCAUUCAAA